AUGGGAAAGCGCAAAGGAAAGGGUCGCGGCAAAGGUUCGCGAAAGAAAAGAAGACAUUUCGAAGAAGGCGAAGAAGAUCAGAUAAAGAAGAAAGGCAAUGAGAAAGUCAAGGCCAAAGAAGCCGCCAAGGCUGCCGCAGAAGCCGCACGAGCGGUGGAGGAACAGAGGUUGGAGGAAGAGCGACGAAAGGCAGCUGCACGAAGGGCGAAGCCUGGCUUCUCGAAGCUCUUGGAAUCCUUCGGCGUUAAAAGCGAUAACGAGGAAGAGGAUGAGGACGAAGAGGAGAAUGAGGAUGAAGACGAGGAAGACUGA